GCAUCAAACACAAAUAGAGUUUAACCCGAGUGCUGGACUUUGUGCUGAAACUGAGAGAGAGAGGAGAGGAGAAUGGCUCUGAGCACUGAGCAAGCUCUGGCACUGCUACUGAUCUUAAACAGCGCUCACCUCACAGCAGCAGGUUGCUCUGCACAAGACCGUGUUGCUGUCUCUGGCACAGCUGGGGGGAGAGCAGUGCUGCCCUGUUCUUACACCCCCACUCCUAGGCAGGAUGUAGAAGUCAGAUGGCAUGCAUAUCCAGAUCAGGGAGAAGCUGUUCUAUUAAUCGACUCAAAGACCCCCUCAGCACCCAUCCCUGCGCAGUGGAGCGGCCGAGUGAAGCUGUCUGAUGAAGUCUCCUCUGGAAACGCCUCUCUGCUAAUCUCUGAGCUCAGACUGGAGGACACUCGGGAUUACACGUGUGACGUGUGGAUCAAUGGGAUAUGUGUCACUCACAGGAAUGUUAAACUGACAGUUCAAGGACCUCCAAAGAGAGAUUCAACUACUUCAAGAACAACAACGACCACAACCAAGAAAACUAGCCCACCAGCAACCCCGACAACUAGAGCAUCAGCAACUCCGACAACUAGACCAUCAGCAACCCCGACAACUAGACCAUCAGCAACCCAGACAACUAGACCAUCAGCCACCCCGACAACUAGACCAUCAGCAACCCAGAAAACCAGCACAUGCCCAACCCAGCAGGGGAAUGCAGCAGCACAGAGGAGAUCGUACUGCAUGAAACCGCUUUGAUAACUGGAUUCCAAUUGGAUUGCAUGUUCCUGUAUUUAGUGAGUGUUGUGAGUUAAGCGGAAGUUCAAUUAUUCCUGUGUGUUGCUGCUGCUGGUUCCCUAUGCCAGUAUAGUCCAUUGUGAAAGAGUAUUGCUGUUACUGUAACCCGCUGCAUCCUGCCUGUGCCUGCAUCUCUUCAUUUCUAUAUCAUUUUAAUAAGAGCGUUUUAGCAUUUUGAUAUAUUUCAGGUUCUAUUCAUCACUGAUUGCUGUUGCUUUAUUUGUUAAUAAAGUAGUUGUUGCUGUUUACUAUAGAUAAUUGUUAAUAACAGUUUUAUAUUAGUGAUGUGAAGACAGUUUAGAAAUUUGUAUUAAUUUCUUAAUUUUUUUUAUUACUGAUUGAAAAGUACAUUUGUUAAUUAUUUGCUUAGUAUAACUUAGUUAUUCCUGAUUACUAUUAAAUGUUAGUUGCACAGUACAAUAUCUUAUUGCUUUUCCUUUUUUGCUUAUGAAUAAUAAAGUAUUUAGCUGUG